AUUAUCUUUUAUCACAGUUCUAAAAUAUUUCAAAGGAAGUGGGUCAGGAAUAAUUAAUGUUCAUCUAUAUUUAUAUACAAAUUGCAUUUCUUUGGAGAAACACACAUAAAAAAAUCAUGUCUCCAACUUCUUGGGUUGAGAAGAAGCUUGACAUGCUAAGAAUCCACAAGGGCAAUGAUCUGCUGCUUCGUGGAACCAGUUUGGCUUCGCGCAAUUCUUCGGUUCAUCAGGACAUUGAUUUUGGUGCUGAUUUUCGAUACAACAAUUGCUCAGACAUAGACAUUGAUGAUAUGGAGUCCAUGGUGUUGAAUCUGAAGAAGAAGAAGCUUAAAGUUUUCACUCGUAAAUCAGCCAGUAAAGCAUCCUCAAGAAGAGUGAGAGCUGACUACAGAAAACUAUCUACCAAAGCCUCCAAGAAACUUAAUGCAUGGCUUUCUUUCUAUAUGUAGUUAAAAGUUUCAGUACCCUUCUAAUAUUGAUGCAUAUUGCAUAAAGCACUUCUGAAUUUGCUUUAUCUGGGGCUGAUGUAUUGUGCCAAUAAAAUUUGACACAUAUUUAUGUGAUCAAAAUAAUAAAAAAGUGAUUGAAACUUUUUUUUUUGGUUUUUUUUUUUAAAU